UCGGGAGGCAUGGCGCGGCCGGACGACGCCGAGGAGGGGCCGGCUGUGGUGCCCGGGCACCCGCUGGCCAAGGGUUACCUCCCGGUGCUGAGAAGCGCCCCGGACGGGGAGGCGUGCGCGGAGCCGCACGACGGGCCCGAGGCUGAGAACCGAGGCCCGGCGCACGGCCCCGUGGUCGCGGGAGCCCCGGACGGGCCGCAAGCCCUGCUGGCGGCGGAGGAGGAGACCCAGGCCCGGCUGCUGCCGGCGGACGGUGGGGAGGACGGCCCGGUCCCCACGCGCUCCCCGCGCACGGCGCUGUCGCCGCGGCGCUUCGUGGUGCUCCUCGUCUUCAGCUCGUACUCGCUGGUGAACGCCUUCCAUUGGAUCCAGUACAGCAUCAUCAGCAACGUGUUCGAGGGCUUCUACGGCGUGUCGGCACUGCACAUCAACUGGCUGUCCAUGGUGUACAUGCUGGCCUAUGUGCCGCUCAUCUUCCCCGCCACCUGGCUGCUGGACACGCGAGGCCUGCGGCUCACGGCGUUGCUGGGCUCCGGUCUCAACUGCCUGGGCUCCUGGGUCAAGUGCGGCAGCGUGCAGCGGCACCUUUUCUGGGUCACCAUGCUGGGGCAGAGCCUGUGCUCCGUGGCCCAGGUCUUCAUCCUGGGCUUGCCCUCCCGCAUCGCCUCGGUGUGGUUUGGACCUAAGGAGGUGUCGACGGCUUGUGCCACUGCGGUGCUGGGCAAUCAGCUUGGAGCUGCAGUUGGCUUUUUGUUACCACCUGUUUUAGUGCCCAACACACAGAAUAACACAGACCUUCUGGCUUAUAACAUCAACAUCAUGUUUUACGGAACAGCAUUUAUCUCCACAUUUUUAUUUUUUUUAACAGUAAUUGCAUUCACGGAAAAGCCUCUGUUACCACCAAGUCAGGCUCAGGCAGCUCUUCGAGACAGCCCUCCUGUGGAGUACUCCUACAAGAUUUCCAUCUGGAACCUGUUCAGAAACAUCCCUUUUGUUCUUCUGCUGGUCAGUUAUGGCAUUAUGACUGGAGCAUUUUAUUCAGUUUCAACAUUAUUAAAUCAAAUGAUUUUGACAUAUUAUGAGGGAGAAGAGGUUAAUGCUGGAAGGAUUGGGCUAACGCUGGUGGUGGCUGGAAUGGUGGGCUCUAUUCUUUGUGGCUUAUGGCUGGAUUACACCAAAACUUACAAGCAGACAACGCUGAUAGUGUACAUUUUGUCUUUCUUUGGAAUGCUUGUGUUUACUUUCACGCUGGACCUUCAGUACAUCAUGGUGGUGUUUGUUACUGGUGGGAUCCUUGGCUUCUUCAUGACUGGCUACCUCCCUCUGGGCUUUGAAUUUGCUGUUGAGAUUACUUACCCUGAGUCUGAGGGCACAUCCUCUGGGCUCCUUAAUGCGUCUGCACAGAUAUUUGGAAUUUUGUUCACAUUGGCUCAAGGAAAGCUCAUGUCAGACUAUGGUCCCAUGGCAGGAAACAUUUUCGUGUGUGCUUGGAUGUUUUUAGGCAUCGUACUGACAGCAUUGAUCAAGUCUGAUCUGAGAAGACACAACAUAAACAUGGGGCUUACAAAUGGUGACAUUAAAGCUGUACCAGUUGACAGUCUGAUAGAUCAGAAACCAAAAGUGGUGAUGUUGUCCAAGCAGUCAGAAUCUUCACUCUGAAGAGAGCACAUCAUUUGUCCUUCAGCAUGGGGAUGUGGCAUGGUCCUUGGGGAGCUGUGUGAGGACACUUGUUGGAAAUUAUGGGAUGAAGUCUGAAUAUUAUUUUGUUUUAUUGUUAAUUUAAGCAACAUUUUGCUUAAAGGGCCCUUGCUUACAUCUUGUUAACACUACUGUUCAUCUAAUAUUGUCCAUUUUCAGUUGUGUAUUGUGUGUAUGGAAAUAACAUUCUGGACAUUUUUUUCAGGAUGUUUUGUUUUUUAUGGGGAUUUAGUUCCUACAAGACAUGUAAGAAUAUGUGCAAUUCACAUAUAAGCAUGCCCAAUGCAUUUCCAAUUAGCUAUCAUCUCACUGUGUUGACCACGUCAAACAUCACAGUGUGAGCACCGCAUACCUUUAGGAAGUGCUGCUGGGAUUGGGAUUCCAGAAGAGCCCUCAGAUUUCCCCCAUCUUUUGUAUUGUUAUACAGUGUGUUGUGACACAUUCUGUCCCACACAAAACAAUAGUUGAAUACACAGGUUAAAUCUAUUACACUCUGGUUAGCUAAGGAGCUGAGGCCCACACAGAUCAUCUGGAGUUCUUCUCUGUGCUGCCUUCAUACAGAUAAAUGCUAAUUCUGUAUUUUUCGGUGCAACUUGAAAUACAAUAGUUUUCUUCCCAUUGUCUAUUACUCUCAAGAAAAUUGCAUCAUCUGUGUUAUGGCUAGUUCAUAAUUUCUUAUAUCACAUCUAUAUUUGCCUUGGCGAUACCUAAGAUAAGGAGUCUGUGAUAACUUCAGAGAGCCCACGUGUCUCCAUUCUGUGGAGAGCCUUUGAAAUACUGCCUGCUGUGUUUCCAGAAUUUCUCUCUCUGAUGGUUGUCAUGUGUUCUGUGAGUGCUGGGAACAGGCUCUACUCAUGCUCAGGACCACAUGAGUUUUCACAGUGCCUCUCACUGUGUCUUGUUUACAGUGAGAAUUAAAUGUCAUUGAUGUUCUGGCAUUUUAUCAACAAUAAUAUUUAAAUAGUGUAAUUUUGUAAAUUGUACCAAAAAAUUACAUAAUAUCAAAAUGCACGCAGAAAAGCCAAUCAUGUAGUGAAUAUGCUUGAAGCAAAUGCAACUUUGACUUAGGCAAAAUAUGCAUUGAUUUUGAUAUUAUUUUCUUUCAUCAAAUUGCUAUAAAUUAUGUGGAAUCUGACACUGGAAAAUGUACUAGAAGAACUUAAUAUCACUUAGGAUCUGGAAUUCUGGUUUUGUGUCCUUGGUGUGUUUUCUAUCAUGGUAAUUCUGGGCACAUCAUUUAACCUCUCUGGAAGCAUUUUCAUGAUCCAUGAAAUAAAUGCUUUCACUUUGAUCCAAAACAAUAGUUCUCAACCUGUGGGUUGCAACCUCUCUGGGAGUUGAACAACCCUUUCACAGGGAUUGCAUAUCAGAUAUUUAUAUUGUGUUUUAUAGCAGUAGCAAAAUUACAGUUCUGAAGUAUCAAUGAAAUAAUUUUAUGGUUGGGGGUCACCACAACCUUGAGGAACUAUGUUAAGGAGUCGAGGCAUUCAGAAGUUUGAGAACCACUGAUCUAAAAGAUCAUUUGCUGGGCUGUGGUGGGGCACGCCUUUAAUCCCAGCCUUUGGGAGGCAGAGGCAGGUGGAUCUGUGUGAGUUUGAGGACAGCCAGUUCUACACAGUGAGUUCCAGAACAGCCAGAGCUACACAGAGAAACCCUGUCCUGAAAAACCAAAAUUAAACAAACUAAAAAGAUCUUUUAAAAAUAGUGUCAUUCAUCAUGGAGUAGAUCAAAUCACUGUCCCACAGGAACUUAGGGAUCUGGCUAGAGAGGAGCACUGAGGACAAUGGAAUUUAACAGUGUGACUGCUCCUGUGUAAGACAGGGAGCGUUUAAGUAGCUUUCUAACCUUUUUAGUCAGUCUGUAGUAGUUCAGGCAGAAUCUGUGUAAUCAGUAACUUCUUUUAAUAUUUAUGUCACAGGUUAAAAAUGACCAAAAAUAUAGCCCCCCUCCAGCUGUUUCACUUUUUAAAUUGACAGUGCUAUUUACAACAAUCUUGUACUUGUUGAGUUCCUGAAGCUUUGAACAAAUCAGAGAUGAAGGUUGGAAUAUUUAAUGCCUGAAAAGCAUAUGUGUGCAUUGUUUGUCACUGUUUGGAAAAGGGAUAAAGUAUGAUGUAAUAGGGCAAAAUGAAUUAAUAUUCUCAGUAUUUCAAGUGGGUGUUAUGGAUAAUAUAUCAGGUGAGAAUUUGAUAUAAUUCUGUGUUAUGAUUUUAUUAGCAGUAAUUAUCAUCUGUGGUAAUUUCAUUCAGAUGAUUUUAAGAACAAAACUAGAUGUCCUCAGAAGCUGUUGUGUUUAUAGAUGUUAUGAACAUAGCCUUUGUCUUUUGAGAAUAUUGGAGAAAUGUCGUGUGAAAAUGUUUGUGCUGGUAACUGGGACAGCACCUGUGUCUUAUGUCUUCAUUCCUGUUAUUAUUAUUACUAUAUUUAUAAUUUCCUUAUGUGCUUGUUCCUCAUCAUUUCAUACUUGAAAUAAAUUUAUUUUUUUAAUGCUA